UUACGCAUCACAACCUUACUGAAACUGGUACGAAAUCGUCACUGUAAACAAAUAAUUAAAGUUAUUUAGCGGACGCUAAUCGAUCUGAUACAUUUAUACAAAUCAUUACCGAGUGUGAAUGACGCACACAGUCACUGUGGAAGGGAUUUUCGCUGGUAUUUAAAGAUAUUUUUCUUUUAUUUAUAAGCAAUAGCAAGUUAUUGUGAAAACUUAUACUGAAAUGGAAGCAAAACUAUUUGUGUUGUUAGCACUUUGUUAUACAGUGUCCAGUGUUCCCAUAAACACUGGUUUCCUAUCUGAUGCAGUAGCUUCGAAUGAUCAUAUAAUCAUGAAGAGAUUUGUAAAUCCUUCAUUGCCGUUUGGGGAAUUUUCAAGAGAUAGUCUCAGUCGAGUACGAACAAGGAGAAGUGAGGAAGAAUGUGAAAAACUCAAUUUAUGCAAGUUGCACGCCAGAUCCCAACACAAUUUGAUGGCGGCAUUUCAAUUGUAUUUCGUCAACAAAGAGAACGCCAGACUUUGGGACCAUCGGGCUCAUACAAUAUCAGAGUGCUACCAACUCUACAGCUGCUAUAGAUAAUAAGAUUCCCUUGUUAUUUACUCAUUAAGACACAA